AUGUCGAGCAUUCAUCAGGUUCUCAAUAAGAGUCAGCAGGCCGAGUUGCACCGUGGCUGUCAUCCCUAUCAUCCUGGUUGGCAAACGGCUUAUGGAUAUGUGCCAUCUGAGGCAGCGGGCAUUGUCUUCUGUGCAUUGUUUGGUGUGUCGCUGAUUGCCCAUGUGGUUCAGUUCUCAUGGAAGCGGAUGUGGUGGCUCUGUGUUUUCCCAGUUGGGUCUUUAGUCGAGUUACUGGGUUGGGCAGGGAGGACAUGGUCUUCAAAAUGUGUCUAUAAUCAAAAUGCAUUCUUGAUGCAGAUCUCGACAUUGAUUAUCGCCCCUACAUUCUUCACAGCUGGGAUUUACAUCCUGCUCGGCCGAUUCAUCUCCAUCUUCGGUCGUCAAUCCUCCAUCCUAUCGCCCAAGGCUUACCUCUGGAUCUUCUGUACUUGCGACAUCAUCUCCUUAGUCGUCCAAGCCGUCGGCGGCGGUCUUGCCUCAUCGGCAUUCGCAAGAGAAGGCGGAAACACAGAUCCAGGCUCAAACACAAUGGUAGGAGGUGUUCUUUUCCAACUCGCCUCAAUCACUGUGUUUGUAAUCUGUGCCGCGGACUUCUUGCGCCGCGUCAAGAAGAUGGGUGUGUUGCGAACGGCCUCGGUGUCUUUCAUCCUCUUGAUGACUGCCAUGAUCAUUUCGGUCCUUUGCAUCUAUGUACGAAGUAUUUAUCGAACCAUCGAGUUGCUGCAGGGGUGGAGAGGGUAUUUGAUCACACAUGAGUUGUACUUUAUUGUCUUGGAUGGUGUGAUGAUGGUCGUUGCUUCGGCUAUCUUUAACCUGGUUAGUCCGGCUUUCUUGUUGGACUCGGUUAAGGUGGCUACUUCUGAUGAUCGAUCUGCCACUGAGUUGACGGAGCCGAAGCCUGAGUAUGAGAGGGAAAGUUCACAGUGGAUCUGA